GCCUGCGUAGUUGCGUUGAAUGUACCAGGUGAAUCAGUCUGUCCGUGAUCGAUAUCGGAAAAAAUGUCUUGGUUCAGAUCGGCGAUGAACAAAGCGGCGGAGGUUGGGACUAAAAACAACCUCACACGCACCGUCAAAAACUACGCGGACACCGUCGUCCAGCACGCCGGCCAGGCCGUUGCCGAGGGCGCCAAAAUCUUCCAGGAUCGUAUUGCAAAUCGGAACUUCAAAAGCUUUAAGCAGGCUGUUAAAAGAUUGGAAGAAGCAUCUGUUUCCUGUAGGGGACUAGAGCGAGUUCAGUUAAUGAAGAGAUGGUUAGCAGUGUUAAAAGAGAUUGAAAAAUCAUCUGAAGGUCCCAUUGAUGAAAAGGAGAAGAGUAAUGAGGAGCAUCAUCCAUCAGAGGAGCCAAAAGGAAGCCCAAAAAAGCAAUCUCUAGUUUUAUAUUACGACUCCGAGAUGGGUGGAGAACCAAUGAAUUUUCGUGAUGUUUUCCUUUACAGUCAAGCUUUGGAGGGAAUAUCAAUAUGUAUGAUUCUUGAAGCACCAAAUGAAGAAGAAGUUUCUCUUCUGCUUGAAUUGUUUGGGCUCUGUCUUACUGGAGGAAAAGAAGUUCACAAUGCAAUAGUCAGCAGUAUACAGGAUCUUUCCAAAGCAUUUUCAGGUUAUGAAGAUGAAGUACUGGCAAAGAGAGAGGAACUUCUCCAGUUUGCUGAAGGAGCUAUCACAGGGUUGAAAGUCAAUGCUGAUCUUGGAAGAAUUGAUGCUGAGGUUUCCCUGCUGAAGAAGAGAUUAGGCGAGAUAAGAGAAAAAAAGGAAUGUGUUGGUGAAGUUCAUGAAAAAAAACCCAAAGAGUCUGCCCCCACCAUAGAGGCUUUGAAGGAAGCACUUGUACUUAUCCGAAUCUGCUCAAAACUAGAAGCACUGCUACUGAAGAAGAAAACUCUUAAAUAUGGGGAUUCCCCUGAAAUUCAUGCUCAAAAGGUUGACAAGUUGAAAGUUUUAUCUGAAUCUCUUGUCAGCUCGAGCUCUAAAGCCGAGAAGAAGAUCUCCGACCACAGAGUGCAGAAAGAGGAAACCUUAAGCUUUCGUGGUGCCAAGACCUCUGAAGCCGGUGAAAUAGAAAAGGAAAUAACAGCUGAGAUAUCAGCACUGGAGAAACAGAGAGAUGAACUUGAAGCCCAAUUGAAACAGGUGAAUAUCUCCUUGGCUGCAGCUAAUGCGCGCCUCCAUAAUGUUAGAGAAGAGAGGGACCAGUUCUAUGAUGCUAAUGACCAGAUUGUUGCACAUUUAAAAACUAAGGAAGAUGAGCUAUUGAAGUCCAUAAACUCAUGUAAAGUGGAAGCAGAUGUUCUUAGUGCAUGGAUCAACUUUUUGGAAGAUACAUGGUCUCUUCAGUGCUCUUAUAUGGAUAUUAAAAACAAGUUAGAAAAUGAUGAAUUGGAACGACAUGAAGAUUAUUUUUUGAAGUUGGUGAUUGAACUCCUUUCUGCUUAUGAGAGAGAAUUAAAGCCUAAUAUUGAUCGGAUAGGAAAGUAUGUGGAAAACUUGAGGAGUUUUGGCAAGGGCUCAGUGAUGGUGGAGCAUGAUGACUCAAACACAUUGAACCCCCGAAAAAAUCUCGAGGAGGAAUACCUUGAUUAUGAAGCUAAGAUUAUAACCACCUUCAGUGUGGUGGAUAACAUGAAGGAGCAGUUCUAUUCUCACCAAGAAAAAUUCUCCAGGAAAAGUGAUUCAGAAGUGAAGGAGCUUUUUGACAAGAUUGAAAAGUUGAGAGCAGAAUUUGAAACAAUUGAGAGACCUAAUCUUGAAAUGGAGAAUCCAUGCCCAGAAUCUUCACCCAGUGAAAGGCCACAAGAAAGCCUGACAAAUCCUGCAACCAAAUUGGCUGAAAAGGAGCAAAAUGAACCACGGGAAACCAACGUUCAGAAGAAGGAACCACCAGCUGUCAAAUCGGAGGAGGUUCUAGAUGCCAAUGCAGAAUUGGCCGAAUUAGAGGCUGAAUUUGGACAUGUCAAUAGGGAUAAUAACUCUGGAGAAGAGGUUGGUGACUGGGAAUUUGAUGAACUGGAAAGAGAGUUGAGAAUGGAGGAUUCUGGAACCCACAAAUAGAAAUUUCAAAGAACUUAGUUAUUAUACCAAAAAAAAACUCUCAUGAAUAAUCCGCAACUAUGUUAUACUUGGGAUAAAUUACAUUCUUAGGCCCGAGGUUUAACGAAAAAGUUGGCCUGGGAAUUGCCUUCAUGUAUUCUGAAAUGCAGUACCGUUAUUAAUUUCCAUGUAAAUACUCAAAUUACAGGAAUUUCUUUUGGAUAUGAAAAAUAUUUAACUGCCAAAUUUCCUGCUCAGCUAGGUUCAUUGGCACUUCUGUUUCUCUAAAUGCAAUUGCUUGUGCUACAUAUGGGAUUUCUUUUUCAACUUGAAUGUCACUUCUAUCUAGAUGCAGCAUACAUUGCAUGCAUGGUCUGAUGAAGAAAUUCAAGAUAGGUUUGGUGAUUCUUGAUGGGGACGAAAGGACGAUGUUCCUCUCAUGGAAGGAGGUGCAAACAACACAAACAGGGCAACAUUAUUUACCCUGGGCCUCCCAAUGCUUCAAAAGCCGAACUCAAGGCCCUCCGAAAGCGGUGUUAAAGUUAAGCUCUGGUACAAAACUUACUAUAAUUCCAAGUGAGAAAUCCGCCUGCCCUAAUUUUGGCGCCAUAGCUUUUCGCUCUACCAGGAUAACUU